AAGAGGAGACACAACACGUGUGGAAUAAAUAUUGGGCCCAAUCUUUUUGAUUGAGAUGGGGGAGAGAAUAAUCGCGAUCCAAUUUGGGCCCUGGUGGCACAAAGGCCGUGCGGCCCAUACAUAUAGGCAGUAGAAUUUCUCUCGGGCUCGGAUCCCUCGGGCCGUAUUUGGAUCGACCCGGUGGAAUUUGGUCGUCCGGUUGGGCAAAUUUGCGAAAGGAACCCGCACUCGUCGAAAUUUCCAAACGUGCCCCCAGAUCAUCACCGCGUUUAUGGUUCGCUCCCCCGCGCAUUCGAACGGACCUCAUCUGCGCGCCAUGUGCUCGAUCAAAUGCCGCCUCCUUCUCAGGCGGCUCCGCUGCCACCGCUUCUCCACGACGGCGUCGAAAUCUAGCCUCCCGCGGGGUAAUAAUGCAGAGGAGCUUCCUCGGGGGGCGGGUCCGCCUCCCACGCCGGACGCCACCACGGACGCAUCGAGAGGCCACGAGGCGGCGGUCAAGCGGCUCGCGGCGGCGGGCGACGUGGACGGCGUGCAGCUGGCGCUGCAGGAGAUGCGGCUGCGCGGGGUGCCCUGCACCGAGGGCGCCCUCGUCGCCGCCAUCGGCGCCUUCGCCCGCGCGGGGGCGCCCGACCGCGCGCUCAAGACGUUCUACCGCGCGGUCCACGACCUCGGCUGCGCGCGCCCCACCGCGCCGCGGCUCUACAACCACCUCAUCGACGCGCUGCUCCGGGAGAACAUGGUCGCGGCCGUCGUGCCGGUCUACGAGAACAUGAAGAAGAACUGCGUCCAGCCCAACGUGUUCACCUACAACCUGUUGGUCAAGGCGCUGUGCCAGAACGACCGGGUCGGGGCCGCGCGCAGAAUGCUCGACGAAAUGGCCAGGAAGGGGUGUCCCCCGGACGACGUGACCCACGCCACCAUCGUCUCCGCGCUGUGCAAGCAUGGCAGGGUGGACGAGGCCAGAGAGGUGCUGGCUGCGGCCCCGCCCGUGUGCGCCUCGUACAAUGCCGUCGUUCUAGCUCUCUGCAGAGAAUUCAGGAUGCAGGAUGUGUUUCUGAUUGUCGAGGAAAUGGUUCAGAGGGAAUUACAUCCUAGUGUGAUCACGUACACAACUAUAGUCGACGCGUUCUGCAAGGCCAGGGAGCUGAGGAGUGCAUGCGCCAUUCUGGCUAGGAUGGUGGUCACCGGUUGCACUCCAAAUGUUCCGACAUUCACAGCGAUGGUGAAAGGUCUCUUCGAUUGUGGAAGUUUACAUGAUGCACUCCGCAUGUGGAAAUGGAUGGUGGCUGAAGGAUGGGCACCAUCGACAGUAUCUUACAAUGUUCUCAUCCGUGGCCUUUGCAGCAUUGGCGAUCUCAAGGGAGCAUUGUCUGUUCUCAACAGCAUGGAGCAACAUGGCUGUUUUCCUAAUGUGAGGACCUACUCCACUCUUAUCGAUGGUUUCUCCAAAGCUGGGGACCUAGAUGGUGCCAUGUCAAUAUGGAAUGACAUGACAGGUGCUGGUUGCAAGCCAAAUGUUGUUGUUUACACGAACAUGGUGGAUGUGUUUUGCAGGAAGUUGAUGUUUGAUCAGGCCGAGAAUCUUAUUGAUAAGAUGCUAUUCGAAAAUUGUCCUCCCAAUGCAGUGACAUUCAACACGUUGAUCAGAAGUCUGUGCGGCUGUGGAAGAGUUGGGAGAGCUCUGGGUGUGUUCCAUGAGAUGAGAAGGCAUGGAUGCCCGCCAAAUGAUAGGACCUAUAAUGAGUUGCUCCAUGGUCUUUUUAGAGAGGGAAACUGUGAAGACUCUCUUCAAAUGGUGAUUGAGAUGCGAAACCAUGGCAUGGAGUUGAGUCUAGUAACAUACAACACUGUAGUAAGUGGUCUCUGUCAGAUGAAAAUGAGCAGAGAAGCUAUGCUAUUUCUGGGGAGAAUGAUAGUUCAAGGAAUCCAACCAGAUGCAUUUACUUUCAAUGCAAUGAUUUAUGCUUACUGCAAGGAAGGGAAAAUCAGGAUGGCAGCUUGGAUGUUAGGUGGGAUGAAUGCAGUGAACUGCCCUCGGAACAUAGUUGCAUACACUAUUCUGAUGGCAGAGCUUUGCAAUCAGCAUAGGCUGGAAGAUGCCAUGGUGUAUCUACUAAAGAUGUUAUAUGAAGGUAUAUAUCCAAAUACGGCAACAUGGAAUGUGUUGGUCCGUGGAGCUUUUAGAAACCUUGGCUGCAUUGAACCAAUUGAUUUAGUCCAGCAUAUUACCAGAGACUUGUCAGCAGGGACCUAAGGAUCACUAUUGCCAUUCUUUGGCUUCCCAGUGGGUAAAGCUGACAAGCAUCAGAUUCUGUCAGAUUGUUGUUGCUGCAUUAAGUAGUUCAUAAGGUAUGCAAAAUUAUGUAACUUUAACAAUUUUUUUUUUAUCAUUGAUGAGCAAGUUACAACUCAUUUAUAAAUAUUCUGACGACAGUAAUAAGAUGAUUUGAAGUUCUGAAGAUGUUCCUUGAGGUCUCAUUUAGGAGGCAUCAGUCAAACUCACAUACUCUCUUCACCUGUUCUGUCAGUGUGUAGGAUCUAGUGUGUGCACUGUGCAAUAUCAAUGUUGCCUAAGAACUUUGAAAAUUUCGGUCAAUGAUAGUUAUUUAUUUUCCAUUGGCAUAUGUUCUCUGUUCAAGUCGUUAGCACUUGGUCUUACACUCUCACUAGUAAACUUUUGUAUGAAACACUUUCUAAAAUAUGGUUAUUGAUAGUUUCUGCACUCUCAUCGCACUUGUUUACAUAAGGACAUGGGGGAGAGAGAGAGAGACAUGUUUCUUGGAUAAAAUGCUUUCUUACAAUUUGUCCAUUAUCGAUAAUGUAAGUUCAUAAAAGGGUUGUAGUCUUUUAGAAACUGAUUUGGAGAUGGAAGUAAGAACCUGGUAAGCGCUAGGUGUUAGGCAGGCGACAUAGCGAUGCCUUUAGCUCAUAUGGGUUAGGCAAGGUGGGGAGUGACAAAUAGUCACUAGGCACUGCCCAUAUGGGCUAGGAUGCCACGUUUUAGAACACUGGGGGUGAACUGGAUCGAUGUUUUCAAAACAGAUGCUAGGUUCGUUUCGGUUUGUGAGCUGGUUAGUGAAGAUCUUC